UACUGAUUAUGAUAUUAUCUUCCCUUGUGAAUGACCCGACUUUUGUAAGAGAGGGUAGUUUCAAAAUUUCUUUAUCCUCAACCUCCUCUCUCUCUCUCUCUCUCUCUUAACAGACACACACACACCACAAAGCUGAUUGAUUGUUCUUUUCACACAACAAUUUCUCUCUCUUCAAUCUCUCAAAAAAAAGUUUUGUACUUAUUAUCUCAAAAAGGUUUUUCUGGGCUCAGGGUUGGGUGGAGGUGGUUGGCAUUGGCACAAAUACAAGAGAGAAGGAAAAAAAAAAAAAAACCAAUUUAUGUUUUGGGUUUUCAUUACUCUGUUUUCCUUUUCCCUUACAAAAUUCAAUCUAUCCUCUCUUUUCGGACCCAUUUUGGCUUCUUUCUGUGACUCUGCUGGCUUGACGUGAAAGAAGAAGGAGACCCAUCAGAGGGAAGAGGAGGGAAAAAGUUAUCCCUCGCUAAGAUUUGGAUAACAAGUUGUUUCUGGGUUUUGUUUUGUGUUUGUUUUGAGCAGCUUCUUUUUGGGUUCUGUUUCGAUUCAAGAUUUUUUUGGGGGGUUUUCAAUCGGAUGGUGGAUUUGAGCGCUGGGUUCUGUGUGAAGUGAUUCGCCUCUCAUUCAUUGCACAUCAACGAGAGGUGGUUUCUGUCACGUCACUGCAUCGUUCCUAUUUUGGUUGGACCUUAGAAGUGAAACAUAUUGUUGUCUGAAGCAUCUUUUUUACUGAAUUCCCUCAAAUCCCUGUUGAGUGGGAGAGCCAUUUUUGGUGAUUUGAAAGCUCAGAGGAAGGUGCUUAGUUCAAAAUGAAUAGAGAAAUCAACUCUGCAUCCAUGUCUUUGAGCAGCAUUGGCGGUAUCUGCUUCUUGAGGUGUAAGAAUUGACUUUCUAAAGUGUAAUAAUUUCGACGAAACGACGAGGUAAUGAGUCGGGAUCUGAAGCGAGGAAAGCAGGACAAAGGUUCUGAUGAUGUCCAGAAGGUGAUUGUUGCAGUGAAGGCUUCCAAAGAAAUUCCUAAAACUGCACUGGUUUGGGCGUUGACUCAUGUUGUUCAAAUUGGAGAUUGCAUAACUCUGUUGGUUGUUGUCCCUUCUCAAAGCUCUGGUAGAAAAUUCUGGGGUUUUCCGAGAUUUGCUGGGGAUUGUGCAAGUGGUCACAAGAAAGCUCAUUCUGGAACAAGCUCGGAGCUGAAAUGUGAUAUUACUGAUUCCUGUUCACAGAUGAUCCUUCAGCUUCAUGAUGUUUAUGAUCCAAAUAAGAUAAAUGUGAAAAUUAAAAUUGUUUCGGGGUCACCAAGUGGGGCUGUAGCUGCUGAGGCCAAGAGAGCUCAAGCUAGCUGGGUUGUAUUGGACAAACAGCUCAAACACGAGGAGAAAUGUUGCAUGGAAGAGUUACAGUGCAACAUUGUGGUAAUGAAACGAUCACAACCAAAAGUUCUUCGUUUGAACCUGGUUGGGUCUCCAAAGAAGGAACCAGAAGUUCCCUCUCCGUCACCUUCUGAUAUAGAUGAAGGGUCUGAAAGCCAUCAAAAAGAAAAUACUGAUCCUCUAGAUUUCAUACGGGGACCAGUUGUGACUCCCAGUAGCAGUCCAGAAUUGGGCACACCUUUUACCGCUACUGAAGCUGGAACAUCAUCAGUGUCAAGCUCAGAUCCUGGAACUUCACCAUUUUUCAACUCUGAAAUGAAUGGAGACACAAAGAAGGAGGAAUUGUUUGUUAUAAAGGAGAAUAAAGAACUUGAUGCUGCUAGUUCAGACUCAGAUAUUGAGAAUUUAUCUGUGUCGUCUGCAAGUUUAAGAUUCCAACCAUGGAUGACAGAGUUUCUAAGUUCUCAUCUUCAAUCCUCACAACACAUUAGUGGAAGAUCACAGAGAUGUGAUGAUAGGAAUCAAGCGUCAACAAGAAAUUCUUUUCUACUGAAGUCUUCUAAACAUGACAGAGAAUCAAGUAUUGGAAUGUCAAGCCAUAGAAGUGACAAUGAUUUUCAUGGGGACGUACGAGAUGCAGUUUCAUUAUCCAGGAACACGCCACCAGGCCCUCCUCCAUUAUGUUCAAUAUGCCAACACAAGGCACCGGUUUUUGGAAAGCCUCCAAGGUGGUUCAGCUAUGCUGAGCUGGAGCUUGCUACCGGUGGAUUUUCACAAGCUAACUUUUUGGCUGAAGGAGGUUAUGGAUCUGUUCACAGAGGGGUACUCCCAGAUGGACAGGUGGUCGCUGUCAAGCAGCACAAACUAGCUAGUUCUCAGGGAGACCUUGAAUUUUGUUCAGAAGUCGAAGUUCUUAGCUGUGCACAGCAUCGAAACGUUGUUAUGUUGAUUGGCUUUUGUAUAGAGGAGAAGAGAAGGUUGUUGGUGUAUGAAUACAUCUGCAAUGGUUCAUUGGAUUCUCAUUUAUAUGGACGCCAACAAGAGUCACUUGAAUGGUCUGCACGGCAAAAAAUUGCUGUGGGAGCUGCAAGGGGGUUACGAUAUCUCCACGAAGAAUGUAGAGUUGGUUGCAUUGUUCAUCGAGAUAUGCGGCCAAACAACAUUCUUAUCACACAUGAUUUUGAACCACUAGUUGGAGAUUUUGGCCUUGCAAGGUGGCAGCCUGACGGAGAUACCGGUGUUGAAACAAGAGUUAUCGGAACAUUUGGGUAUUUGGCUCCAGAAUAUGCUCAAAGUGGCCAAAUCACAGAAAAAGCUGAUGUUUAUUCCUUCGGGGUGGUACUGGUGGAGCUAAUUACUGGAAGAAAAGCCGUCGACCUUAGUCGGCCGAAAGGUCAACAGUGUCUCACUGAAUGGGCGCGCCCCCUGCUGGAUGAAUUUCUCAUUGAUGAACUAAUUGAUCCAAGGCUAGGAAAUAGCUUUGCAGAGCAUGAAGUGUACUGUAUGCUGCAUGCUGCAUCAUUAUGCAUCCGAAGAGAUCCCAACGCAAGGCCUCGUAUGUCACAGGUUUUGCGGAUUCUGGAAGGCGACCUCGUCAUGGAUGCUAAUUACUUGUCCACUCCCGGAUACGAUGUGGGAAACCGGAGUGGUCGGAUGUGGACUGAGCAACAGCAGCAGGCACAAAACUACAGUGGCUUGUUAUCGGACGAGACUGUAGAAAGGUUCAAUGAAAAGGUGUGUGUUGAAAGUUUAAGACCAGGUUACUGGGAAAGAGACAAGACAAGGAGGACUUCAAGUGGAAGUGCAUUGUAAAGUGGCUCAGCAUUCUUAAGAUAUACAUUGCACCCUUUAGUCUGCUGAAUUUGUACUUCCCCAAUUAAUUUUUUUGGGUAAUUAUUUUUUCCUCAUUAUAAACUUUUGGUUUGUGUAUAGUAGUAGUAUUAGUAAGUGAAAAAUAUGGUGGGGGUUUUUUUUGUAAGUUUUGUAGGGAAAAAUAGAGUAGUAGCAGUAAAGGCCUAUAUGGCCAUUUUCCAACUUCACAUAUGAAGAUGCUUUUAUUUUUUAUUUUUACCAAAUCAAUGAAGUUUGUUUCUCUGUCUAAUAA